AUGGCCGCGUCGGAGGACCGGAGCGGCUGCCUUGUGUCGCGGGGCCGCUCGCAGAGCGACCCCAGCGUCCUCACCGAGCCCUCGGCCACCUCGGCGGACGCCGGGGAGAACCCAGAUGAGAUGGACCAGGCCCCCCCAGCGCGCUCCGAAUUUCUGCUCUCAGGGACGCGGACCCCCCCGGUGAGGAGGAGCAGCAAGCUGGCCACCCUGGGCAGGAUCUUCAAACCCUGGAAAUGGAGGAAAAAGAAAAACGAAAAGCUAAAGCAGACGACGUCGGCGCUGGAGAAGAAGACGGCGGGCAGGCAAGGCCGCGAGCAGCUCAUCAAGAAGGGGCUGCUGCAGAUGAUGGAGCAGGAUGCAGACAGCAAAGUGUGCAGCCCUGACGGAGGCCCCCAGUCCUCGCAGAGCGAGCCGUGCCCCCCGAAGCCGGAGACGCUGACCUCGGAAGACGCGCAACCAGGAAGCCCCUUGGCCGCUGGGACAGCCCAGGCCUCCCUGGAGGAGCCACUGUGCGCCGACGCCUGCCUGGACGCUGCAGCCACGAUGCCAUCUGCGUCUAGCAGUGACGAAGCAGACGCCGGCAGCCCCCUGCCCACCGCCGCUGAGUUCUCUCAAGCCUUAGCUGGGUCUGACCCCCUGGACAGUCCUCCCAGACCCCCAGAGAGAGCCAUGGGCCAACUCCCCAGCCCCCCACGGCUGCCCACUCCGCCUCCCAAGGCUGGCUCCAAGACCGCAAAACCCGGCACAGGCCAAGCUGUGCUCUUCCAAGGCCCAGGCACGAAGGGCGCUGAGCCUCCCCUCCGAGGGCAGCUCUCCACGCCCACCGGGUCUCCGCACCUCACCGCCGUCCACCGACCGCUGCCCCCAAGCCGCGUCAUUGAGGAGUUGCACAGGGCGCUGGCCACCAAGCACCGCCAGGACAGUUUUCAGGGAAGGGAAGGCCGAGGGUCCCCGAAGAAGCGCACGGACGUCCGCCUGUCCCGGACAUCCAGUGUGGAGCGAGGCAAGGAGCGGGACGAGGCCUGGAGCUCCGACGGCGCCUCGGAGAACAAGCGGGCGGCCGCCGCGGAGUCGGAGGAGAACAAGGAGAACCUGAUCCUGGACUCCGAGCUGGACGACGACUUGCUUCUGUAUCAGGACGAGGAGGUCCUGAAUGACUCCGUCAUCUCUGGAACACUGCCCAGGAAGUGCAAGAAGGAUCUCCUCGCGGUGAAGCUGAGGAACCGGCCCAGCAAGCAGGAGCUGGAGGACAGGAACAUCUUCCCCAGGAGGACUGAGGAAGAGAGGCAGGAGAUCCGGCAGCAGAUCGAAAUGAAGCUCUCCAAACGGCUGAGCCAAAGACCCGCUGUGGAGGAGCUGGAGAGGAGAAACAUCUUGAAACAAAGGAAUGACCAGACAGAGCAGGAAGAAAGAAGAGAAAUAAAGCAAAGACUGACCAGAAAGCUUAAUCAGAGGCCCACUGUUGAUGAGUUAAGAGACAGAAAAAUUCUGAUACGAUUUAGUGAUUAUGUGGAAGUAGCAAAAGCGCAGGACUACGACAGGAGGGCAGACAAACCUUGGACCAGACUGUCAGCAGCAGAUAAGGCAGCAAUUCGUAAAGAAUUAAAUGAAUACAAAAGUAAUGAAAUGGAGGUACACGCAUCAAGCAAGCAUUUGACAAGAUUCCACAGGCCAUAAAGAUUUUCUUCUGAGAAGAAUUUGUGUUUAAUUUUUGAUACCAACAUUCAUCAGGGAACUUUCCUGAAGUUUAGCUCAAGACUAUCUGCUGUGUUUGUGAGAAGAGCUGAAUCACACACACAGGUGCAAUCUUGGCCAUUUACCUGCAAAAAGGAGAAACCAGAGGACACACUUCCUUCUUUGGUGUCUGAGGAGUGUGAAGUGUUGGGGUCAGUUAAGACCCAAAGAACUCUACCAGAAGAAAACUGUGUUUGCCUUUCAACCUUGUUUUACAGUGUAAUGAAUGGGUGACGUGCAUGUGCAGGCUUACCACUCCCAGGCCUCUGACGUGAGGGACAUGUGAUGCUGUCAUUCAGUAUUAUGUUGAAAAGACAAUUUUAUUCUGAUCAUGAUUAAUUUGAAAACUCUAAGUUCAUGUUAUACAAAAUUAUUUACUGUAUACUUUUUUUUAUAUGUCUAACAAAAAUA